ACGUUGCAGAUACGCGGUCUAUUCCGCGUUGUGUCUUGGAAAAAUAUUUGUCAGAAGGCCUUAUAUCUAUCAACGUCAUUUUCAGUCAGUCUCAUGCCAGUAUGUGCGUUCGUGAUCAAUAUGCCCUCGCUUGGCUUUCCCCGGGUCGCUUAUGACGCUCGCGGCGACAAGUGGCAAUAGCCAGUCUAUUGUUAUGGGCAUCGUGAUGCUCGGGAGCCGUAUGGAGAUGCUGUGAAUUGCUGGAGUGAAGCUGUCCUCAAUAGCCAAAUGGUGGCCUUAUUUGCAUGAUUGCUCCUCUUUUCCUGAAAAAUUUCACGUGGUUGGGUACGCCACGACGUACUAGCCUUGCUGGUCCUAAAACUCGUCAGCGGCGUGCUGCUGAUUAGGCUCUGCAAUGGAGCUUGCAUCUGGGUAGAGCAUUGUUGACCGAACGAAGCAAAGUACCUGGUCAAAUAGGUUAUGGAUGGCAAAGAAGAAAGUAGGGUAUCCUUGCUACCUACACAUUCCAAGGACCUAACAGAUGGUGCUGAGCACAGGCAAAAGGGUUUUCUAAGCAUUGGGGGCAUCACAGUUCUGUGCCUUUGGUACAUAUUUUCAGGAUGUACCCUGUUCUUAAACAAGUACAUUCUCAGUUACUUGAAUGGAGAUCCAACUGUAUUAGGCGUAUGCCAGCUGCUGGUCACUACAGUCUGUGGCUUUAUUCAGCUGAAUGUGACUUCACUUUUUACAACACAGUCUUCCAGAAGCAUCAGGUCACCAAGUUUCUUGUUGAACAUGCUAGUCGUAGGCAUCCUGAGGUUCGCCACAGUUGUCCUGAGCCUUGUCUCCCUGAAGUUUGUGGCUGUGAGCUUCACAGAAACAGUGAAGAGCUCAGCGCCUCUGUUCACUGUCGUCAUCUCACGUUGCAUGCUGGGCGAGGUGACAAGUCUGGUGGUGAACUGCUCCUUGGUGCCGGUGAUGCUGGGACUGGCACUGUGUUCCUCCAAUGAGCUGAGUUUCGACAUUCGUGGCUUCAGUGCUGCCAUCUGCACCAACCUAGCUGAGUGCUGUCAGAAUGUGUACUCCAAGCUGCUCAUCUCUGGCGAGAAGUACAAGUACACGCCGACCGAGCUGCAGUUUUACACGUCGCUGUCGUCCGUGCUGGUACAGCUGCCGGUCUCCUACCUGCUGGUGGGCCCGGAGCAGCUGAGCACGCUGCAGCCGCAGCUUCUGUCGGCGCUGGCCCUCAACGGCCUCUCCUUCCACAUGCAGAGCUUUACUGCCUACGUUCUCAUGGGCUACAUCAGUCCUGUGACAUACAGCGUGGCCAACACGGUGAAGCGCGCGCUCCUCAUCUGGUUCUCGGUGCUCAUCUUCGGCAACGCUGUGUCCGUGCUGAGCGGCGUGGGUACGGCCACUGUGCUGCUGGGCGUGCUCUGCUACAACCGGGCGCAGGAGUGGGCGGCGGCCCGCGGCCGGCGCGCCUCGCUCGCCGCCGGCCCCACCGACGGCGUCGCCGUACAGCUGUAGCGUGCAGCCUCCCCGCGCCGUCCAGCGAGCGCGACGCCGUGGGAUGCACUCCCGCCCUGGCACCGGACCGACGGCUCCAGAGCUACGCGUGGCGGUGGCAAGCCGGCGGGGCUGGUGUGCUGCCGCCGCUGGCAGGCACGGCGACAUCCGGACACGGACGUGGCCUUGGCUGCGCUUGGCCACGUCCGUGUCCAGAGCUGCGCGCCGGUGGAGCUAGAGAGGUUCAGCAGCUGUGAAGACGGCGUUCGCGUUGUUUUGCAACAGGAUGGCUCGUAGCGUGCGUAUGUCGCUGUGCGCCUCAGACGACUUCUCUGUGUUUUGUAAGUUGUGAAGGGUCGGUGCAAUUGCCCUCUGCGUUAUUUUCUGUUGAAAUCCCUCUGAG